CUAGGAGCAAAAAUCGGCAAACCCACGAGUCUAAAGCUGCCCAAGAUUGAAUUAGUUAAAUCAGAGGUAAAUGUUCCUCUGCAAUGUUCAAUCCAAAAUGAGUUAGAAAGACGUGGAGGUGAACAUCGUCUCUACUGGUUCAAACACGGAUCAGGAGAAUAUCCUCCAGGAUCUAUUUAUGUUCAUGGAAACACAAGUGAUGGAUGUGUGGGCAGAUCUGAAGCUGACUGUCUUUCACCGACCUGCAUUUACAACCUCCCAAAGAAAAUGAUCAGUUCCUCACAAACGGGAACUUACUGUGCACUGGCCACAUGUGGGGAGAUUUUAUUCGGAAAUGUUUCUAAACACAGUCCUGACAACUUUGAGAGUCAGAACAUACUAUUAUUCAUUAAAAUCGGCCUUGCAGCACCACUGGCAAUAAGUUUUACCAUCAACAUUCUACUUUGUUGCAUGAGGAAAAAUGGGAGAAAAUCUCAACAGAUACAGACUACUAAUGAGGAUGAUGAUGAUGGUGUUAAUUAUUUUACAGUGGUGGUGGGACACAUUAUACAACUGGACCCAGUUGUAUCAGUUCAUGAAGGAGAUUCUGUGGUUUUGUCCUGCGUUUUAACAACGAAACAGUUAAGUAUGGCACUGUGGUACAAGCAAGUCACUGGAGAAGAACCACGUCUCAUUGCUUCCUCUGUUCUCCAUUCAUCAGAAAGCCAAUUUCACAAUGAAUUUGACAGCAGUCAUUUUAAUGUGUUAAGAGGGAAGGAUAGUUUUAAUCUGAGGAUUGUGAACACUGUACAAUCAGAUUGGGGCACGUACUACUGUGCUUUCUCUUUCUCUAAUGUCAUUACAUUUGGAAAUGGCACUCAUCUGGUUAUUAAAGCAGCAAAAAUCGGCAAACCCACGAGUCUAAAGCUGCCCAAGAUUGAAUUAGUUAAAUCAGAGGUAAAUGUUCCUCUGCAAUGUUCAAUCCAAAUUGAGUUAGAAAGACGUGAAGGUGAACAUCGUCUCUACUGGUUCAAACACGGAUCAGGAGAAUAUCCUCCAGGAUCUAUUUAUGUUCAUGGAAACACAAGUGAUGGAUGUGUGGGCAGAUCUGAAGCUGACUGUCUUUCACCGACCUGCAUUUACAACCUCCCAAAGAAAAUGAUCAGUUCCUCACAAACGGGAACUUACUGUGCACUGGCCACAUGUGGGGAGAUUUUAUUUGGAAACAUUUCUAAACACAAUCCUGGGCUGACCAUUGUCCCGUUUAUUACAGAGUUUAUUAAUGCAACAGAAAAUAAAUAUAAGCAAAUCAAGACUACUGAUGAUGAUGUGUCAGUAACUGAGUAUGAGGAAGUGAACUUUUGGUCUUCACCCGUCAUCGCCAAAUGCUCAAAGAGUUGA